CUUCUACCUGCUCACUCAGAAUCAUUUCUGCACCAACCAUGGCCACCUUUGUGGAGCUCAGUACCAAAGCCAAGAUGCCCAUUGUGGGCCUGGGCACUUGGAAGUCUCCUCUCGGCAAAGUGAAAGAAGCGGUGAAGGUGGCCAUUGAUGCAGGAUAUCGCCACAUUGACUGUGCCUAUGUCUAUCAGAAUGAACAUGAGGUGGGGGAAGCCAUCCAAGAGAAGAUCCAAGAGCAGGCUGUGAAGCGGGAGGACCUGUUCAUCGUCAGCAAGUUGGGGCCCACUUUCUUUGAAAGACCCCUUGUGAGGAAAGCCUUUGAGAAGACCCUCAAGGACCUGAAGCUGAGCUAUCUGGACGUCUAUCUUAUUCACUGGCCACAGGGAUUCAAGUCUGGGGAUGACAUUUUACCCAAAGAUGAUAAAGGUAAUAUCAUCGCUGGAAAAGCAACGUUCUUGGAUGCCUGGGAGGCCAUGGAGGAGCUGGUGGAUGAGGGGCUGGUGAAAGCCCUUGGCAUCUCCAAUUUCAACCACUUCCAGAUUGAGAAGCUCUUGAACAAACCUGGACUGAAAUAUAAACCAGUGACUAACCAGGUUGAGUGUCACCCGUACCUCACGCAGGAGAAACUGAUCCAGUACUGCCACUCCAAGGGCAUC